UGUACUUCAAAUACACAGUGGCACCAACGAGCUUGGUCAUGACCCCUGGCCAGCAGAUCCUGCUGGGGUUGCAGAAUGCAGCCGUACAAAUAACUCCACCACGUGAGCUGGCAGCAAAGAAGGUCCCGUCUUCGACGCCUUCUCCUCCAAUCCAGGGUCAAAGUGUGCUGAGUUACAGCCCGUCCCGCUUCCCUAGUGCCAGUCCAAAGUUUACUACCAGUUAUAUCGCAGGGUACAGCCCUCAGCUACAGGCUCUGUCAAGCAACAGUGCUUCUUACGGCAGUGCUGUAACCUAUUCACCAAGCAGCAGCUACGAUAAGCUUUCCAGCUUCAGCUCCUCUCCCAGUGGUUCACCAUACUCCCCGAGUAUCGGACAGAUGGACAGUGGCGGGGGAAAGUCUCGUUACCGUUCUUCGCCCAUUCUGUAUAAUUCUCCUACUGGCAAAGAAGACUAUAUCACAGACCUGAAGUCACUGGAGACCUUCCUUCGAGCUGAAGAAGAGAAACAGCGCAGAGUUCAACUGGGAAGUUCAGAUUCCAGCUCUCCUUCCAGCAGCCCAACUUUUUGGAACUACAGCCGUUCCAUCGCAGACCAUGCACAGACACUAAGAAAGUUCCAGUAUCAGCUGGCUUGCAGGUCCCAGGCUCCAUCGGCACACAAGGACGAAGCUGAUCUGAGCUCGAAACAGGCUGCAGAAGAGGUUUGGGCACGGGUUACAAUGAACCGACAGCUCCUUGAUCACAUGGAUUCCUGCACCGCUAAGUUCAGAAACUGGAUUAACGAGACUAUUCUAGUGCAGCUGGUCCAAGAGAUUGAGUCUGUGAGCACUCAGCUGAGAAGAAUGGGGUGUCCAGAACUGCAGAUCGGAGAAGCCAGCAUCAGCAGUCUGAAGCAGGCAGCGCUUGUUAAAGCUCCACUCAUUCCGUCCCUGAACGCUAUAGUGCAGUAUUUGGAUCUUACACCAAACCAGGAGUAUUUGGUCGAAAGGAUCAAAGAGCUUUCUCAGGGAGGAUGCAUGAGUUCCUUCCGAUGGAACAGAGGAGGGGAUUUCAAAGGCCGCAAGUGGGACACCGACUUGCCCACUGACUCCUCG